GAACGAACAUCCUCACGCCCCAGCCGUCGCGAAAGAUACUCCGGGUGUCGGGGAUCGCGAGACGAUCUCCGUCUACCGGCACCGUAAGCACACGCCUGCGGACGGCGAGCACGGGUAACUCGCCGCCUGACUAGAACUAGACCCGAGCGUACGGUGUGUCACGUUCCGAGCGUUCGCGUUGCGCACGCGCCUCAAGGAGCCGUCUGAGGAGGUCGGGGUCCAAUAGGGUGGAUGCGGAUACGGAGCCGCUGAGGACUUAACGGGUUGCAGGGGCUCCGGUUCGAAGUCACGAUGAAACUUGGUAUGAUUAUAAUUUAAUGUCCUGGGUAUCAUAAUCAUAAUUUGACAAGGGAAAAAGUACAUGCACGAAAAAAGAAACUGAAUUAUGCGGCUCCAUCCCUACACAAUUACUGCACUAAACGUAAAUGUAAGUUUGUCAAAUGUUAGGUUGCCCGCAGUGAACUUUACGGUAUAACUGUAGGGCCGAUGCAUGUUUGAAAUUAGCUUCAACCGAUAUCAUUAAUGCGAAAAUAUAUUAGUUUCAGUGUUUGUGUGUAAGUUUGUUACUCAAUCAUAUCAAAACCCCUGAAGGGACGGAGAUUAAAUUUGGCCAGAGGUAGAGUAUGGUAUGGAGUACCGAGUAAUACAAAGGCUGAGUUGGCUGGCUGUUAGUAUGUAAUGUAUGUACGUUAUGCCUCUGUAUUACCCUUUGAAAAAUUAUGGCCCAAAACUUUUUCAGGCCAGAAUCAAACAAUUCUGCCAUUGGAUAACGUUAUAAAACACAAAUGUGUACGUAAAUUGUAAACAUACAUAACCCACCCGUUAGCUUCGCCGUAAGCAGGUAAAAAAUUUAAUACUGCCAAAAAUAAGAAUUUAAUUAUGCUCUUGAUGGCAACACUGACUUAUUAUCUAUGUGAAUCCGCACGCACAUGUGACGCAGGACAACUGACAACUUCUCGCUUGCUUGACAGUUGGACAGUUUCAUUUUACAAUUUACACAUUUUAUUUUGAAUCUGCGCUUGUGUGCGAUGUUAUCACUUAAUCUUUAAACUAAUACGAUACUUAAGUUUUUGUGAAGUGCAUUGUGUUGAAAAUUGCCAUAAGGACGCAAACAUAUUCUCAGUCCAUAUGUAAACAUGGACAACUCUGAAAGUAAGAAAAGUAAAAAACAGCGUAAGGUACCUAACAAAUCUUUAAGGCAAACAUCAUCAGAACAGAAAGAAAACGUUCCCAAAAAUGAAAAAGGUACAGCUAGUAAAAGUACACCAGAUGGUGGAAUUGCUAAAUCUAAACUGUUGUUAAUGAAGAAGAAUAAAACCCGUGCAAGAAGGCAACCUAAACAUGAACGGAUUUGCCCCAAUGGUAAGCCUUUACCUUCCUUAUCCCAACUGAAGAAAUUUUAUGAGGAUGAUGAUGAUGAUAAUGAUACUGACAAUCAAAAUAAUAAUACGACAAAUCCAAAACAAAAUUCAUGUACAUCCCCUACACCAGAUAAGCUUUUAUCAAAUUGUGACAACAAAACAAUCCAAAUAUCCCCUUCAACUAUAAAAAGAAUAUCAGAGAAAAUGGAGAAAUUAAUAGACAAUAUCUCUGAUCCCUGUCAACUGCUUGAAGAUUACCCUAUUUUAUUACCCUUGGAACCAAUAGAUUCACCACCACCACCCGCUAUAAUACCGCCAAAAAAAAGAAAGAAACCUGAACUUCCAUAUAUUGUUGGUUGCAAAGAACGCCCGCAAGUACCAAGUAAAGCAAGCACAAAGUUUUGUAAAGGUGAUAAAAAUUAUGGUAUAACUUCUUCAGGUGCUGAUCCAGAAGAAGAGGAACCAAAAAGCAAGAAAGCUAAAAAGUCAAUGAUUAAAAGUUACUCAAAAUCCACUUUCAAUGCUCUCAGUGAUGAAAUUUCAAAAAAGCUGACUGAGAAUGAAUCGGGUAAUGUUAGUGAUUGUAGUUCCGAUAGUAAUAAAACAAUAGAAUAUGAUGUAACACCGUAUACACCAUAUCAACCUCUGAAACCUCGGCCAUUUUCACCGCUUCCAAGUACUUCCAGAGACAGGGAAACUUUUAUAAAAAAUGAUGAGUUAUUUAAUGAAAGUUUGAAGGCAAUUGAUGCAAUGGAACAAUCAUCCCCACUAACAGAAAAAGCCACUGAAAAUAGCAAUGUAAAAUUAGAGGAAACUACUCCAGCACAACAAUCUUCUCAAAAUGAAGUAGAAAUUAUAGAUAUACCAUAUGACACUAUUGUAAUUGAUGAAAAUAGUGAUACUUUUUCACAAAAUAAGAUUAAAAAUGAAGUUGAAGAUUCUGAUUUAAUUCAAAUACUAGAGCCACAGGCUAUCAAAGUUCCUAAAGAUGAACAAACAGUGAGUAAUUUGACCAAUGAUGAUGAUUGUAUAAUUAUUACAAGUGAAACCGUAAAUGAGGAUUCAAGAGAAACUAUAAUUAUUGAAGAUGAAUACAGUUGUAUCAACGAACCAUAUCCACUUAAUGAUGAUGAACCAUAUGAUGUUAUAAAUAUAGAUGAUAUACUAAACGAAAAUAAAUCUAUACUUAGUAAAUGGAAAAAUAAAACAGAAUUAAACAAAAUAACCACAGUAAUUGAAGUUCCGGACGAUUAUAGGAAUACUAGAAUGUCAAUGACAACUACUGUCACUGAUUCUACAAAUAAUCAUCAAUCAAAUUCACACACUAAUCAAAAUGAAAGUGUUGUCAUAGUAGACUCCCAGAGUCCUCAAACAAUAACUGAAGACAGUCAAAUUCAAUCAACAAGGCUGCAACAGAAUGAGCAAACUCAACAAACAUUGUCAGAACCAGUUGAAAUUAUUCAAGAAGUUCCACAACCACAGGAAUCAGUAUUUAGAAACAUACUUGAUGACUUCUUUAGACAACGAACACGAAAAGGAAAAACUGGAAGGCCUAAUAACACUCAACAAUUGGAGAGAAUAUUUGAAUCAUUUAUAAAUACAGUACCAAGUUCUAAUAACAGCAAUCAAAUAGGAACAUUAAAUAUUGUUGAUAGUCAUACAGCAACCAACAAUUUUCCAAUUCAAGAAAGCAGGCAAAGAGCUCCUGAAGCCGUAAGCACUCCACCUCAGCAAACCACCAGUACCCCUCAACAACCAUCACCAGAACCAAAAAGAAGUUUAGGAGAUUGUCCUAUUUGUUUGGACUCGCUCACCUCUAAUGGAAUUGCUUCCACAUUAUGUGGUCAUGUUUUCUGUGUGGAUUGUAUAAAAACAGCUAUUAGACAAAAUGGAAAAAAAUGUCCUACUUGUCGGAAAGCUCUGAAAGGUCCAAAUGGAGGAUACCAUCUAUUGUAUUUAUAAAUAUGUGUAUAUUGUUUUGUUAUACAAAUCUUAUUUCAGAUACUUACCAAAUAUAGCUGGUGUAAGGUUGUCAAGCUUAGACUCUAUCUUACUAGUCACAUAUUAUUAAUUAAUAGUGCCAUCAACAUUUACACUUAUAGGUGAUACAAUACUUUGAUAUAAUAUUGUUUAAAACUUGUGAAGUUUUAAAAUUGUAAAUAUAAAAUGUGAUGAGUAUGUGACUCGUAUAUGUGUAUGAAUGUAAGCUUUUUAGUUAUAAUUCAAAUGUUCUAUUCCACACAAAUUGCAUUUAUUACCAAAUGAUACCAUGGUCACAUGAUCGCCAAGAGAUUUGUGACAUUUAAUCUACAAGUGCCUGCAGUAUAAGUACCUGGUUAAUGAUAUUUGAAGUAAUACAUAUUUUUUUAAGAACUGAUCACUUAUGUGUCUUGUUGUUUGUCUUGUUUAUCUUGUUCUGAAGAAAAUUGGACAUUUUUAUUAUUGGUUGGGCCCAUCUGUUUUUCAUUUAUUAAAAUUUAUGAAUGGCUUCAAAUCAACUACAAUAGCAUGUUGAUCAUGCUAAUUAGUGAUUUUCUUUGAUUAUUGAUUUAAUUAUUGUAAAAGAGGGAUUAUUAAUGUGAAAAUUAGUAUAAAGAAACAUUAUUUACAAUCAAAAGAAUGCUUAUGGUGUUUAUUCUCUUUGAUGUGCAUUACCUCAGCAAUCAUUUAGUUUUACUUAAUGAAUAUAAUAAUAUUAAAGACAAAGGCUUUAUAAAUAAAAAUUAUCAAAGUACCUACCUGCUAUGUAAACUUAACAAUAGUGCCUGUUAAAAAAUAGUAUAAAGCGACAGAUUCUUGCUAUAUAUAAAGGAUGAUUAUGUCAAUCACUCUUUAUAAAAUGAUAAUCUUAAUUUUGUUAU